GCUAAACAAAGAAGACGCCAAGGAAGCCAACGUACUUCACAUGUCAUGCUUGCCGCAUGCUUUGAACAUACCCACCCUCGUUUGCUUGUUUUCUGUUUCUGCACUUUUUGGACCAAGAGGGGUGAAACAGUUUUGACAACCCUCGAGAAACUUGAAACCAUGACAGUCAACGACAACUGGCAAGUUGUUUGCUUUGACUGGUGCAUGCUGCUGGAAUGCCCCGAUGGUCCUCGAUAGCUUCACAGACUGGUGAGCCAUGUCCCAGAAAGGAUAUCCUUUCGAGCACUCAAAUCUAUGUACUUUGCAUCCCGUCCAGAAAACAACACGCCACCGAGCUUAUGGCAAAAUGGGGGUUUCCUGAUGCACAGCUGGUGGAUGGGCCAGUAAAAAAUGAGAUAGACAUGCAAGAAUUGAUCACUGCUGGUGUUGUGCUACGGGACUACCUGGAUGUGCUCUGGCAAGAUGUGGAAUACUUUCCCGAGGGCAAGGUGGCAUGUCACUUGGGUCAUUUGGACAUCCUGAAGAAGUUCUUGAUGCAGGAUACCAAGAGCUUUGCCUUGGUAUUUGAGGAUGACCUGGAGCCAGGGCCUGAGUCACUCCAGCAGGAUUUACAACAAUUUCUCACUUCUGUGCCAGAGGACUUUGAUUUGCUCCACUUGGGUUUCGUUCGAGAGAGCCGAGAUGCACGUGAACCGGUGAAGAGUGAUGGCUCGGUGUUUCGUUCGGUGGAAGCCCUGGGAAGACACGCAUAUUUGGUCACUCGUAGGGUGGCAGAGCUGCUGGUGCAGCAUACCCUGCCUAUGUACAACCAUGGGGACAAGAUGUUUCAAGAAGUCUAUCAACGAUUCCAGCUGCGAGCAUACCAGCCACCAGAACCCCUCUUUUUCCAAGACCGAAUCCAUUUCGAGUCCGAACUCACAGAGCGCUGGAAGCCUUCUCGGGCUUUCCAGCCCACUCCAGAGCACGAUGAAAUCCGUGACUCGGAUCGUCCCGAGAUGCUGCGGCGUUUACAGCGGCAGGACAAGAAACAGUCGUCCAGUUGGCCCAGAAGCAACACUGCACUAUUCCUGAAUAUAGACGGUGUGGUCAAUUCACUUGAGUCACCUUCUGAUUCAUCGAAGUGUGGUCGCCCAGAUCCACACGCAUUGGCGAAACUUGCUAAGAUCAUGAAGCUCACGGGCUGUUGUCUUGUUUUAACAAGUCCCUGGCGUUUGGACGAACGCUAUUGCGGGCGUUUGGCCUCAGCUUUAGUGCGCAGCGGUGUCUCUUGGGCCACACAGGCGGUCGCAGCAACACCUGAUGGCCGAGGUCAUGCAGCCAAUCAGACCGAGCAAAGGAUCUUGGAGAUUGGAGCAUGGCUGGAGGAACACCCCUGGUUGCAGGGCUGGGUGGUUGUGGACUGCUUGGAUUUGAUGGCCGUGGAUCCCACGAUUCGCCAUCAAUUUGUGAAAACCGACACAUCCAUUGGGCUACUUGACAGCCAUGUGGAGGAAGUCUUAGCAGUUCUGAAGUCCAGAGCGACAGAGCCGAUGUGAACGACCUCGUGUGGACCUGCGCCGUGAACGA